GGAAUUAAGCAAGUCACCGUAUGUGGUUUAUAUGUAAAUUCGCAAAGGCCAGACUUUGUCCAUGAUCGGUCCAAUUUAAAAGGUAACGGUUUCGGUGGGACACGCAUUUCGUUCCAAUUCGGUGCGUCGAAAAUGGAUCAUCCUGGAAUCGAAGAGUUUUUUGCGGGCGCUAACGUUUUCUUGACCGGUGCGACCGGCCUAAUGGGAAAACUGGCGAUGGAGAAGCUUCUGCGUUCCUGCGGCGACCUGAAGAAGCUCUACGUGUUGGUCCGCGUGAAGAAAGGAAAAGCGGUCGAGGACCGAUUCGUGGAGCUGUUCGAGAAUGUGAUAUUCGAUCAACUAAAAAAGGAGCAGCCCGAUUUUUUGAGUAAAGUGGUACUCAUCCACGGCGAUUGUGUUCAACCUAAUCUUGGGCUGAGCGAGGAUGAUCGAAUUAUGCUGAGGGCAAAAGUGAAUUGCGUCCUGCACUUUGCGGCAACCGUUAGAUUCGAUCAGACUAUUCGAACGGCCACCUACAUCAACGUCAGGGCGACGCGAGAUCUUCUGAGGCUCGCCACGGAGAUGCCCAAUCUCAAAUCUUUUGUUUACAUGUCAACGGCCUACUCCCACUGCGUCCGAAGUAGCAUAGGCGAAGAGUUCUACGAAACCCCGUUUACCGGGGAAAAACUAAUAACGCUAAUUGACAGCUGCAGCGAAGAUUUCCUCGACAAAAUAACACCAACACUUCUGGAAAGUUGGCCGAACACGUACUCGUUUACGAAAGCCGUCGCCGAGGAGGUCGUGCAGAGUUUCAGUGACAGAUUAUCGGUUGCCAUAGUUCGGCCUUCCAUAGUACUGCCAACGGCAAGGGAGCCGUUACUGGGAUGGACCGAUAACAUGUACGGGAUAAUUGGAUUAGUUGUCGGCAUUUGUUUGGGUCUAAUCCGUGUAGCUCGUAUUAAAAUCGACUGUUUGGCCGACAUGGUGCCGGCAGACUACUGCAUUAACAAUGCGAUUGCCGCCGCCUGGUACGUCGGAGAGAAAAAGAACCGGGAAGUCGUCGACAACUUCGAUAAUCGACCUCCAAUAUUUAACUUCGUAAUUACUCCCCAUGCCCCCAUCACUUGGGGAAAUUUUUCAAAGUGGAUGUAUGGUCAUUUAAGAAAAGUACCAACAAAAUACCUGGUGUGGUACCCUUGUUAUUUCUUCGCAGAGAAUUACUACACGUACAUGCUCCUCAACAUUCUUUUUCACCACAUACCGGCGCAUCUCGCCGACUUUGUCAUGCUUUGCCUUGGACGACAGCCGUCCUCCGCGAUUCCCGGAUUUUCCCAUUUAAAUUACCGGCCUGUGGAUGGCGCUAGAAAAAUCGAUAAGGUCAUGAAUGCCAUCUCGUACUUUUCGACAAGGGAAUGGACGUUUUCCGACCAGAACACUCAAGAGCUAUAUCGGCAAUUGAAUGAUACGGACAAGGAAAAGUUCUUCUUUGAUUUGAGCAACUUCGAUUGGAACCAGUACUUCUACUCCGGGGCAGAAGGCGCUCGCGUGUACAUUCUCAAGGACCCUUUGGAAACCAUACCGGAAGGGGAAAAACGAUACCGGAAGCUACAAAUUUAUCAUUUCGCUUUAGUAACAGUUUUAUGUUUGGGACUUUUAUGGUUGUGUUAUUUUAUAAUCAAGUUAUUGUUUUAAGUACACAAUUUUUGAUGAACAUGUAAUACUAAAGUAGCAUUAGGCACUUAUCCGGAUUAAAAGUCAUUUCAUACUAA